CAGUUUACCAAAUCAAAUUUGUCCCAUUUGUUAAACGUCCUUGAGCACGCCCUGCUUUAUGCUCGAGUUGUAUUUUAAAUCAGAAGGACUUCAUUGGCUCAGUGAAUCAGAUUUGGGCGGCAUGGCAGAUGGCUAACCCUUUCCUGUCCUGACGCACUGUUUUGGUGGCGAUGCUUUUCACUGGAGGUGUCCUGCAUCAUUCAUCUGUUCAGUCGAAUCGUUCUGUAACCUGCAAACAUCUGAGAUAUUUCCAUGGAUAGAUCCACAGUAGCCGAACAGGUGGAGAAUGUGGAGCGUAAUGUAUCAUUCUUGCAGCAAGAACACAGGAUCCUCCUGACUGGUCUAUGCCUUGAGAUACGCAACUUGAAGAAACGAUGCAAUGACCUGAGUUGUUAUCUGAGUGAAAGGCCACCCGUAAGAAGCCGAGAAGAAAUCGCUCUAGAGGAAGAGUUGCUGCAGGAACGAUUAUUGGAGACAGAGCAGCAUCUGGCUGAGCAAGAGAGCGCACUGGUGGAGCUGCGGGGAGAACUACGGAAAAAGGGGGCUCUAGCGAGUGCACUUCAGGUUCGACUUAGAGAUGAGGAGCGGCGAUUCCUGGAGGAGCUGAAGCGGCGCAGUCAUAAGAUUAUGACACUGAGUCGUGACCUCUGCAAGCAGACUGAUGUGGCCGCUCAACUCUCCUUCCAACUGCAUUCUGCACACUUUCGUCUCUACCACCAGACAGAGGACAAUGAAGAAGAGGAGGAAAAAGCGGAGGAUGAAGGAGGAGCCAUGCAGGAAUCAGAUUGGGCUGCAAGCUCCCCGUGGGCAUCUCCAGUAGCAGCGGAAAGCUCACGACAAAGCCGUGCUUCAGGAAGGAUGAGGCGAUCGGAGAAAGUGAGAGAAUGCGUGCCCCGUGAAAGGGUGCUUGGACCCGAGGAGCCUCGCCCCAUGCCUGACCCCGCUCUCUUCCUUUACCCUUUCAGACAUAGGCUCCUCCCUUUGCACAGAUCACUUGGAGGCCGCUGGCGGGAAGGUGGCCUUUCGGAGACUCAGAUUGGUAGAUUCAGGGACCGACCAUUGAGAGAGGAUAUUGGAGCAGAGACUACAGAAUUAUAAGCUAAUGUCAAGGCUGGCUAUUUUGGAAGAUUUUGCUCACAAAAGACUGAUCAGCCACAUGUUACUCCAUUACUUCAACAAAUAUGUUGUUGAAUCCAUAAUGCUAUAUAAAGAAGAGUUUUCACUUGCCAUUGAGUAAUUAUUUGUGUCAAUAAAGUAAAUUAUUGUGAUCAUAUUCAAAACACUCUGAAUGACAAGGGAGGGUGGGUAAUGUAAACAGGUGUAUCAUUUAGUUAUUUUUUGUUUUCUCUUUCUCUGUCUGACAGUAAAAUGCUUUAUUUUUAACUGAUGAGGAGUAUGAUGUAUCAUGAAUUAAGGUUUAUUUAUUAAAUAUCAUAAAAAUUCUCCAAAUUUGUGUUAUUUUGUCCAUUAUGUAUUUCUGUAUUUGUCAUUCACUUUUAAAUAAAACCACUUACUAACCUUUUCUGUUUAAGUUAUAGGCUGUGUCUCCUUUGGAAGGAUGCGUCCUCCGGAGGUCGCAUACGUCAUCGAGACUGUCUCGUUUCAGAAAAGCGAGUAGGACACUUCAAUUGCGACCUUCUUUCAUGGGAACUAGGAGGAUGCGUGAGGUGUAUCCUUCGUGGGCACUCACAACCCACAUUUCUUUGCUUCAAUGGAAAUGUCUAAAAAUCUAGAAAUGUC